GUUGUUUGGGGUUGGUGGGCCGGGGGUAUCGCGUCCGUCUCUCGGCUUGGCUUCUCCAAUAUCUCGCUAGCAUACUAUACCCUGCCCCGCAACCACUAUGGCUUGUUAACGAGAAAAAUGGAUGAUCAUCGUGUCAGCUGCUUCUGUUGCAAGACGUUCCCCUGAAGAGUAGCUAUGGCUGAACCAGAAACGUGUCCACACCUGGACUCCAUAGGAGAGGUGACAAAGGAGGACCUCCUCGAGAAAUCCAAGGGAACAUGCCAGUCCUGUGGAGCAGGGGGCCCAAACCUGUGGGCCUGUCUGCAGAGCGACUGCCAGUAUGUUGGUUGUGGAGAGUCGUUCUCCGAUCACAGCACCCUGCAUGCUCAGGCUGAGAAGCACAACCUGACGGUGAACCUGACCACGUUCAGGAUCUGGUGCUAUGUGUGUGAGCGGGAGGUGUUUCUGGAGCACAGGCCGGCGCUGCUGCCUGUCCACACUGCUCCUCACACCUGUAAAGCCUCAGAGCAGGAAGCACCUCCUCAGCCACUCAGUCACCCACUGAAAGGAGUACCGAUUGCUGUGGCUGAAGAUGAGGGUUCAGAGUCAGAGGAGGAUGAGGUUAAACCCAGAGGCCUGACAGGAAUGAAAAAUAUAGGUAACUCCUGCUACAUGAAUGCAGCUCUUCAAGCUCUGUCCAACUGUCCUCCUCUCACUCAGUUCUUCCUGGACUGCAGUGGCUUGGUCCGGACCGAUAAGAAGCCCGCUCUCUGCAAGAGCUACCAGAAACUCAUCUCCGAACUCUGGCAUAAAAAACGGCCCAGCUAUGUCGUGCCUACCAGUCUGUCUCAUGGCAUCAAACUAGUAAACCCCAUGUUUCGUGGUUACGCUCAGCAGGUAGGGGCAAGCACCCAGCAGGACACUCAGGAGUUCCUGCGCUGCCUGAUGGACCAGCUGCACGAGGAACUGAAGGAGCCACUGACAGAGUGCAGCAUGAGCGGGGAGGGCAGUGAUGGUGAGGAGAUAAGAGAUGGAGAGCGCUCCCCAUCUGAGGAUGAAUUCCUAUCAUGUGACUCUGGCUCCAGCAGUGACCGGGGGGAGGGGGGGGGAGGCGUGGGCGACGGAGAGCUGCUCCUGCAGGAUGAGUGCGACGGGGUGAGGGCGCCGACCGGAGGAGGGGUGGUGGGCGUCAGUACCGGAGGGGUGAUCUCGGAGAAGGAGAGGCUGAAGGAGAGGAGGGUGUCGGGCUCUCCUCUCCGCGGAGGCUCGCAGGAGAUGGACGAAGACGCCGAUGUGGAUACAGCCGCCGCUGAGGAGGAGGGGGCUCCCGAGCGGGAAGACGAAGAGGAGUUAACGCCCACCACAAACACUGAGGCCGAGAACCAAGAGAACAACCAGUUAUCUGAUACUGGGCAAGGGCAGAGCAGCCAGAGCAGCAGCACCUCAGAGCCAGACAAUGAGGUGACAAUGAGCCAGACCCAGUCCACUCCCUGCAGUCCUGUGAGGACGCUUCAGGAGCUGCAUCCCAAACUGUCCUCCAGCCCGCCUCGCUCCAGCCCCCUGCGCUCUGCAGGGCCUGCGUACGCCUUCAAAAAAGCUCAGCUGCUGCUCAGUGCCAGGAAGAAGAAACAGUCUCACUUCCGCAGUGUGAUCUCAGACAUCUUCGAUGGCUCCAUCCUCAGUCUGGUCCAGUGUUUGACCUGCGACAGGGUCUCUACUACGGUGGAAACGUUCCAGGACUUGUCCCUCCCCAUUCCGGGUAAAGAGGACUUGGCAAAGCUCCAUUCGUCCAUACAUCAGAACCUCCCGGUAAAGACCGGGGUAAGUCCCGACACUUACGGCUCGCAGGGCUGGGUCACCUUCUUCAUGGACUCCAUACGCCGGUUCGUAGUCUCAUGUAUCCCCACAUGGUUUUGGGGGCCCAUUGUGACCCUGGAGGACUGCCUCGCUGCUUUCUUUGCUGCAGAUGAGCUCAAAGGGGACAACAUGUACAGCUGUGAGAGAUGUAAAAAGUUGAGAAAUGGUGUCAAAUUUUGCAAAGUACUUAGGCUUCCAGAGAUUCUUUGCAUUCACCUGAAACGCUUCCGGCACGAGGUCAUGUAUUCGUUUAAGAUCAGCAGCCACGUGUCCUUCCCGCUGGAGGGCCUGGACAUGGGGCCUUUCCUGGCCAAAGAGAGUCCAUCCCAGGUCACCACCUACGACCUGCUGUCAGUCAUCUGUCAUCACGGCACUGCAGGAAGUGGACACUAUAUAGCGUACUGUCAGAACGUGAUUAAUGGUCAGUGGUAUGAGUUUGAUGACCAGUAUGUGACAGAGGUCCAUGAGACGGUGGUGCAGAAUGCAGAGGCCUACGUGUUGUUCUAUCGGAAAAGCAGCGAGGAGUCUGUGAGAGAGCGGCAGAAGGUGGUGGCUCUGGCCAGCAUGAGGGAGCCCAGCCUGCUGCAGUUCUACAUCUCCAGAGAGUGGCUGAACAAGUUCAACACCUUCACCGAACCGGGCCCCAUCAGCAACCACACCUUCCUCUGUCAGCACGGAGGAAUCCCUCCUAAUAAAUACAACUACGUGGAUGACUUGGUUGUGAUUGUUCCUCAGAAUGUGUGGGAGUACCUUUACAACAGUUUUGGAGGGGGCCCUGCAGUGAACCACCUGUAUAUGUGCGCCAUCUGCCAGGUAGAGAUUGAAGCUCUGGCUAAACGCAGAAAAACUGAAAUAGACACCUUCAUCAAGCUGAACAAAGAGUUUCAGGCUGAAGAGGCUCCGACGGUGAUCCUGUGCAUCAGCAUGCAGUGGUUCAGAGAGUGGGAGGGCUUCGUGAAGGGCAAAGACAACGAGCCACCUGGUCCCAUCGACAACAGCAAAAUCGGCGUUAUGAAAGGAGGGCACAUACAACUCAAGCAAGGUGCAGACUACGGUCAGAUCUCAGAGGAGACAUGGCAGUACUUGUUGGGAAUUUAUGGCGGAGGGCCGGAGAUCGCAGUGAGGCAGACGGUGGCCCCGGCCGACCCCGACAGCCUCCACGGGGAGAGGAAGAUCGAGGCAGAGACCAGAGCACUUUGAGAUAAAAACAGGUCUUCUGAUUCUCUUUCCACUCCUGUUCUCACAGAAAGCUGAGGAAUUUGCACCAUGGUGGAGAAACGUCGUCGCGAGCACUUUGUAAAUGUAGCAACGCUUACUCUGAGGCCGUGUUGCAAAGAGGGUGAAACGGUACUUUAAAUGUCACAUUAUUUAUUGGAUAACUCUGAUCCUCAAUGUUAAGAUGUGUAAAAAAGCAGCUGUCGUGUCACAUCUCUGGAGGUGUUUUUGGUAGCUAUGGUGUGUCAGUAGCUGUCAGAUACUGCUGAGGAGGAGAACUGAGGACUUCACUGGAAGCAAAAACUCAAGAGACGCUAACGAGCUUUCUGUUUGCCUGUUUACUAGUUACAUAGCAACACGUUCAGACAUCAUGUGAGAGAUGUCACAUAAAUCAUACUCUUGCACCUCCAACCUUAAAUACACAGUAUAACUGAGCCCUCAGGAAUGGAGGUCUGUUGUUUGGUUAAGCCAGGGAAAAUGAUCAGAUCUUCAAGAAAAUACUGCAGCAGGUACCAGAAAACAUGCAUGUGUCCAAAAAAACCAACAACACUUUUCAGGGUGUAUUUGAUAAAGCUUCAAAAUGCAUGAAUUUGCUAUUCCUUUAGUUCAACCCAACCUAUUUUCUGUGGUCAAAUUGAUUGAAAUAUGUCGUCCCUCUUGUCCGGCACUACCCAUAAAGAGUACGGGCAUAAAGAUAAAUGGCUGGAGUACAGAAAUAGCUGAUUUUUAAAACAUGGCAAAAGGGCAGGAAUGACUAUACAUUUGAUGCAGUAGUGAUACAUUUGCAAAAAAGGAAACAAGAAAACCUUGCAAUUCUUCUGAAAUUGAACAGCAAAAAUGUCCUAAUCUCAGUUCUUUAAAAGAGAUGACUCAAAAAUAGAGAGGGCAAUGACGUAAUCAUUUCAAAAUUAAAAAAUGAUCUGACAUCAGCACAAAAUGCACAAAUCCAGAAGUUAUGAUUAUUUGAUUGAUCAAGUAUAUUUCUUAUUUCCACAAACAAUCUUGUGCAUGUUUUGUCAUCAGAAAAAUAAGCUAUACUCACACUGCUAUAAAUAUCUGUGCAUCUGCAAGUUGCAUUCUUCUUGAAGAUGCAUUUUAAAAUGAUAUGUAAAACCACACGUCUUAACUAUAGCUCGUUUACUCCAAAUCUUAAUAUGUUGGAACACUUCCACCCACACAGGAAGCGAUGAAUCAACACAUUCCUCGAACCACAACACUCUUUAAUCGAGAAAUAUGUAUUAAGAUCUUUUGCUUUUUUUUUUAUAUCCUUGGAUCACAGAUACUACUCAAACCGUGUGUUGUGCAAUUUAAAAACAACAAGACACUACAAAGACCUUCAAAUACCAGCCUCUGACUUCCAUUUAAAGCAGCGAACAUGCAGAGUUGCUAAGAGCAGUUACUUUGUUUAAAUCUGAAAUAUCACCCUAAAUAUUGUUCUGCAGAUUCCUUCUUUUACAGCAUAAAUUGCGAAUUAAAGUACCAGGGUAAAAUCUAGGAGAAAUUGCACGAAGCCAGUCGAAACUCUGGGGGAAAAAUAAAUAAAAAACACGUCCUCCUCUUUCUCAUUGUAGAUAAAUCACAUGCUUGCCUUUUUUUACUGUACAGACCUGCAGAGUGUGCCGACACAUUUGAAGCCUGCUGUUGUGGUAGAGUGAGCGAUGGGAAACAAGAAUGUCGAGUGUUUCUCUUAUUUUUAUAAAAAAUACCAAUCUAGAGUAUCCAUUAAAUGAUCUUUCUGUUGCAUUACAUUAUGUUUAAAUAGCACAAUUAUUUUAAACUGUUUAUAAAAUGACUCAAACAAGGCGAGCAGAUGGUAAUCAAAAAUACCCAACAGACAUUUCUCACUGUAAAUAUUUUGACAUGUCUUAGCAGGAAAAGUUACGAGUACCAUUUACAAUCUAUAUAUAAUACAUUAAAGUAUGACAGAUAUAGGAGCUGACACCAGAAGCUGACGCUUCGAGUGAACUUUACUUUUUGGUUUAUUUGAUCUGACAGUUUUUGGUUCUUGUUUUUUCAGUUUUUUGCAAAGUUACAUUUUAAAUAACUGCUUUUUGGUCACUUGAAGACAUGGAAAACAAUUUGGGAACACAAGACAGGCAUAACUAUUCAAGUUGAUGUUAGCAAACCGUGGCUAAUUGACACAUUCAGCCGUCCCAGACCAACAUUUUCAAUCAUGUAGAGUCACGUUCCUGAUAAAAAGAAUACCAAUAUUUACUGUUUUGGCUCCGUUUUUGGUCUUUACCAACCCAGUCUAGGGAAAUACCUGCCUUUUCAUGUACCAAAUCCUUCUAUAUAUUUAUCAGCUAGUCGCUCACUAUGUCUGUUUAGUUAGGAACAGGUAGUGUACAGAUGAUUUUUACAUCUUUUACUCUGAAGAAUGACGCUAUAAGAGUGAAUUAAAACAGUUAAAUAGCAGCACAGAAAGCUAAACAAUGAGCUAGAACUAUAAAGCUGCGUAAACCAGAGUGAAGCUGCACAUUGUUUAGCUUCAUCACCACAACCCCUUUCUUAUUAAUUCAUUAUUAUUAAAAAGAUAAAUAUACACUACCUUUAGGAAUAUUUUUUACUUUCAAAGAAAGAAAAAAAAAGGAAAUAAAAAGGAAAAUCCUCAUAGUUCAGAGUCGUCAUACUGAAUAUCCUGUGAGCAAAACCAUUUACGGAAAAAAGCCAUCAUGAUUAUAUUAAUUCUCCUUCAAAUGUUCCUUUAUUUUCAUUUUAUUCCAGACCAUGGUCUAAAAUAAUCUCCAUGUUUUCUUUUGUUGUUGUUGAUGUGUCCAAAGAGCAAUUCACCAAUUUUAGUAAUUUGUCUUAAGAAAAACUGUUUUGUAGCAUUUUCGUUUUACACGUGUCCAGUCUGUAUCCAGCAGAGAUGAUAUUGAUGCUAUAGAGAUUUGUGAGUGUGUGCUAUGUUUAGAUCUUUGGGGGAUUAAGUGCAAUGAAAAAAAAUGACAAAUCUUUGUGCAAUGUGUGUUAAGAAGCGUUGCGUGGUAAUUACUUAAUUAUCCCCGCCCAGGAGUUUGUUUGCUUCUGUUACAACACGUAGCUAUGCGUGUGAAAUUUCUAUUUCACAGGGAAAUUUCAAGCAUUGCUGUGGUUUGAGCACGUUCAUCAGGAAUAUCGUGACAGCCUGGAGACAGCCCAACAGAUUUCCGCUGACUCAUGUUUUCCCCAUUUUUUUACAGUGUGUGGCUGUGUCAUGAUCAUGGUGAUAACACAGGACUUAAGUCUUAAAUGAUAUGUCUUAAUGUCUGUAUAACUGAUGUAAUCAAUCAUGACUGGUUUAAUGAUUAAAAUUGCCUGGUCUUUGAUUUCA